AUAAAUAAAAGAAGGUAGAAAAAUAAGAAAAAAGAAAGCUUUAAAAUAAAGGAUUGAGUGAGAGAGUGGGUGAAGAGGAAGAACAACAGCGACCUCCUCUCUUCUCCCUUCUCUCUCUAGUUUUCUCUCUCUAACUUCCUCUCUCUAACUUUCUCUCUCUUUGUCUUUGUCUUUCUCUUUGGGAUUGUGUUAAAGAAGAUAUCAUAUCAGUGCUAAGAAAAACACACAACAAAAGAAAAAAAAAAAAAAAAAGUCUUUCUCUUUCCAUCUCCAUUUCUCAACUAGUCCACAUAAUUUAUUGUUAGUUAAUAUCUCUUUCCAGAAGGCGAUCUCAGAGACACCACACUUAACUACAAAGAGAACCACAAAGAGAAAGCUAUCUAGCUAGUUAUUAUUGAUAGAGAAAAAUUAAAUAAUUCUACAAGAUGAGAAGCUGUCUCUAAUUCUCUUGUAAUUCUGAAAGAUGAUGAAGAAGGUAAGAUGGGCAUAGCAAAAGGAGCACCUUCAGUAAUUUGCUCCUCAUCAUCUAAGAAGACAAACCCAAUUGAUAAUAUUCAGAAUACUUCUACAAUUUCUAUGUCCCACGAAUAUCAUCAAUCUCAUCCUCAUAAUAAUCACCAGCAGCAACCAUCUAAUAUCUUUACUUUUCCAAAUGGGUUUGACAGAUCUGGUGGGAUAGCCCAACAGACUGACCACCAGCAGCCAACCGCAGCUCCUAACUCUGAGGAAGGACACGGACUUCAUCCGGUCUACGAAUCUGCUGGGAUGUUAUCUGAAAUGUUUAAUUUCUCACAUGGGCCGGGUCCUGGACCGGUUCCAAAUCAAGACCUGUUGGAUUACCGACGGGUUGUGGGUGGUAUGGGGGGUGGAGAUUGGUAUGGAAGUAGUAGACAAGUUUCAAGAGAUGAUCAAAUUGGUGGGAUAAGUGCACAUGAUUCAGCUGCAGCCAUGCAACUUUUUCUGACAAAUCCGCCACCGAAAUCGCCGUCUCCGCCUCCAGCACCGACGAAUAUUCAUGGUGUUGGUGGUGGAGGGUUCCACCCCUUAGCCGUGGCUGCGGGGGUGGUUCAUCCAUCAAGUAAUAAUACAAAUACUAAUAAUAAUACUAAUACUAGUACUAAUUUUUGGAACGCACCACAUAUAAAUAAUCCAGGUGAAUUAGGUGGAAUUGUGGAAGGACAAGGUUUAUCCUUAUCAUUAUCAUCAUCGUUACAACAUCUAGAAGCUGCUAAACAAGUUGAAGAAUUUAGAAACAUUGCUGUUCAAAAUAAUGAUAAUACACAUCAUAUUAUGUUCUUCAAUCAACACCAAGCAGUUGGUCCUUCUUCUUCAUCUGCUUCAUCUCCAGGUGGGCAUUUGUUUAAGAAUCUAACUCCGGGUCCGGGUCCAAUUCAACCCCUAGGUGGGUUUGGAGGUCCGAAUAAUCCACAACAUCAAGUCCAUCUAGCAUACGGGUCGGCAGCCACGUCAUCAUUGGGAGUAGUCAAUGUUUUGAGAAAUUCUAAAUUUGCUAAGCCUGCACAAGAAUUACUAGAAGAAUUCUGUAGUGUUGGAAGAGGUCAAAUUAAAAAGGCUAAAUUAGGAAGGCAGAAUUCAUCAAACCAAAACCCAACCUCAAGUGGUGGAGGUGGUGGUGGUAGCGGUGGUGGCGGAUCUGGAUCUUUGUCGGCAACAAAAGAUCCGCCACAAUUAUCACCGUCUGAUCGGAUAGAGCAUCAAAGAAGGAAGGUUAAACUCUUAGCAAUGUUGGAUGAGGUGGAUAGAAGGUACAACCAUUAUUGUGAACAAAUGCAAAUGGUAGUAAACUCAUUUGAUCUAAUAAUGGGAUACGGAGCAGCAAUCCCUUAUACAGCAUUAGCCCAAAAGGCAAUGUCUAGACAUUUCCGGUGUUUAAAAGAUGCAGUUCAAGUGCAGCUAAAACACAGCUGUGAAAUGUUAGGAGAAAAAGAUCCAACAACAAGUUCAGGAAUAACAAAGGGUGAGACACCAAGAUUGAAGGUUCUAGAACAAAGUUUAAGACAACAAAGAGCAUUCCAUCAAAUGGGUAUGAUGGACCAAGAAGCUUGGAGGCCACAAAGAGGUCUUCCUGAGAGAUCUGUGAAUAUUUUAAGAGCAUGGCUGUUUGAACACUUCCUUCAUCCGUAUCCAAGUGACGCUGAUAAGCAUCUGUUAGCUCGACAGACUGGUUUAUCAAGAAAUCAGGUAUCAAAUUGGUUUAUAAAUGCAAGAGUGAGGUUAUGGAAACCCAUGAUAGAAGAGAUGUACCAACAGGAGUCCAAAGAACUUGAAGAAGAAAGAGAAAGAGAAGGUAACCAAACAAGCAGCAGCACCAGCAACAGCUUCGCAACACAACAACAACAACACCAACACCAACACCAACACCAGCACGCAUCAACAACAACAACAACAACAGCUCAGAAUCCAAUGCCUGCUGCAACCUCUUCUGCUUCUACUUCUGUCUUAAUUACAGAACCCAAAAGAUCCGCUGAUACAAUGACACCUUUGGGCCCACCGUCUGAUCGUGACCCUUCACUUCUUUCUAACAGCAUCAGCAGAUCUCAUCCUCAACAACCACCUCAUUUGGCUGUUCCUAUGCUUGAUCACUCACCUACUGGGAUUGGGUCCCAGGAUAAUUUUGCUGAUAAUACUUGCCACUUUGGUGGGUCCGACAAUGUGGGUCCCACUACUAUGAUUAGGUUUGGGAAUACUUCUGGUGACGUGUCACUCACUUUAGGGCUUCGUCAUGCCGGAAAUGCUCCGGAGAAGGGUGCUGCUGCUUUCUCUGUUAGGGACUUUGCUGGGAGCUGCUGAUUAUUAUUACUAUCAUAUUCAUACUACUUCUAUCAUAUCAUCAAUAUAUUGUUUUUCAUUGUUAUUAAUAUUAUGAUUAAGUAAAUUUUUAUUAAUAUUCUUUUUUCUCCUUUGGUAUAAAAGAAAAGCGGGAAAAGAUGUGUGAAUUCAAAAAAUGUUAAUAUGUCUACCUAGCUUUCAAAAGAAAGGGAAAAAGGAAAUGAAAACAUAUACAAUCGUGUCAGGGACGUAUUAGCUAAUUACUGAGCUAGCUAGCUAGGUUGGUCCAUGAUCAUUUUUUUUAUUGUUUUUUCUUAUAUAAAAAUAUUGUAUAGUAGAGCAAGAUUUUUUUUUUAUUUUCUUUUUAUUUUUGAAGUGAUUCUAAUAAUGUAUUUUUUAUUAUUAAGUAAUAAAAAACUAAAUAAGAAAAAUGAGUGGAAUGGACCAAAUAAUGUUGGGUGUGUAAUUGAUACUGUAAUAAUAAUAAUGAACAUAAUAUAAGAGCAUUAUUAUUGGCUA